AUGCUCAGCAGAAGAACACGAAUCCGAUGCGACGGUAUCCAGCCCCCCGACGCUGAAUACCCAGCCACCUGCAGGACCGGUGCCAUCGUCAACUUGUUCUUCCACAACAGACCUCACAGUGAUGAUCCCUCCCCUCCUCCUCCAACGCUACUUCGUUCGUGCAUCACUUACUUCGCACCUGCUCUAUCGCCGCCCUUGAGGCAUGCCAGAAAAACUGCUGAGCCACCACCACCACCCCACCGUCGUCUGGGUGCUUCUGUUGCUGUCAGCAGUAGCUCUGGGACUCCAUCCACCUCCCAAUUCUCCGUACCAUCACCACCGUCUCCGCUGAUAUGCCUCCGCUCGGGCGCUACCUUACCUAAUUUGCCCGCUGCGCCACGGUGCUUAAGGCAGCCCAGCAUCACUGCCCAACCUCCACUCGCUGCUGGCAGCAGCAGUUCUGGGCUUUUCGCCACCUCCCAGACCUCCGUACAUUCGCGGAAGCUGAACAAGGACCUGGAGCUAAACUGCGAUGACACACCAAUGUCUGCCUCGUCCGUAGCUGCUACGUCUGCUAUCCUUAUGUCCACCGCAGCUUCCACAGAGGGUUAG